UCAAAAUAGCCCCACCAGCAGUAUCCCUUUCGUGUCUACUUCUCCUCCAACUCGCAUAUCUCCCUUUGAUCCCCGAUCACGGCAAGAGCACAGUUAACGUCCACCCUCAAAACAUGGCCCGCGUCUACGCUGAUGCGAAUCAGCGUCAGCCCCGGUCUUACUGGGACUACGACUCCGUCAACAUCCCGUGGGGAAUUCUGGAGAACUACGAGGUCGUGCGAAAGAUCGGUCGCGGCAAGUACUCUGAGGUUUUCGAAGGAAUCAACAUCACGAACUACCAGAAGUGCGUCAUCAAGGUCUUGAAGCCAGUUAAGAAGAAGAAGAUAAAGAGGGAAAUCAAGAUCUUGCAGAAUCUUUCGGGAGGUCCGAACAUCGUUGCGUUACUGGAUGUUGUGAGGGACCCACAGAGCAAAACGCCUUCAUUGGUGUUUGAGUACAUCAACAACACUGAUUUCCGCACCCUAUACCCGAAAUUCCAGGACUAUGAUGUUCGCUACUACAUCUUCGAGUUGCUCAAGGCGUUGGACUACUGUCACAGCAAAGGAAUCAUGCACCGCGACGUCAAGCCUCAUAACGUUAUGAUCGAUCAUGAGAAGCGAAAGUUGCGGUUGAUUGAUUGGGGUCUGGCCGAGUUCUACCACGCUGGAACGGAGUACAACGUCCGUGUGGCUUCACGCUAUUUCAAGGGCCCAGAGCUGCUGGUUGACUAUCAGGAGUACGAUUACUCGCUGGACCUCUGGUCUCUAGGCGCUAUGUUCGCUUCGAUGAUCUUCCGCAAGGAGCCGUUCUUCCAUGGCAACUCCAACUCUGACCAGCUGGUCAAGAUUGCCAAGGUGCUGGGAACUGAAGAGCUGUUCGACUACUUGGAUAAGUAUGAUAUCGAGCUGGACGCGCAGUACGACAACAUUCUCGGACGCUUUCCGAAGAAGAGCUGGCACCAGUUUGUCAACAGCGAGAACCAGCGGUUCGUCAGCAGCGAGGCGCUCGAUUUCUUGGACAAGCUGUUGCGUUACGAUCAUCAGGAACGUCUCACCGCAAAGGAGGCUAUGGCGCACCCAUACUUUGAGCCCGUCCGAAAAGCUGCGGCUAUCGGCAGCGCUGCUUCGCCCGCGCACAUGUGAAUGCAUGGAAGUAAUAAUCUGGAAAAUUCUAUGGGUAGCGAAGGUCCUCUGCGUAGAAGGAGGCCUAGUCGACUUUAAAUGGAAUUUCGGAACUGUCUACUUGGAACAUUAAUUGUUGGGCACUCAUUUGUCCAUCAGUCUUU